CUUCUCUGAUCGCAUGCACUGAAUAAUGUAGGUGUCUGUUCUCUGCUGGGUACUGAAACACACAGCAAGCAGGCUGUAGCCCAGUAUCGACACUAUGCAGGCAUCACACUAGUGGUAACCUGCUGCUGCCACAACAAGCCGUUGCCCGGUGUAUUUAAAACGAGGCAUGCGCAAAUAUGCAAUUGUGGAGACCAGUGAAAUGACUAUAUAGCACGGUUCCCCAGCUGGCGUCCCGCAGCUGACUCUAGUUGAUGAUCCCUGCUGUAUAGCCUUCAGUCCUGCUGAUUUGAAUAGUAUCAAGCCCGUGAUCAGAGCAACAGACGGCUCUUUGGGGAUCUCAUUUUCAUCCACUUCAGUCCUCUAUGUGAGACAAGCAGGAUGGGCUGUUCCACGAGUACCCAGACAACAGCGCAGGACACCACCAGACAGCCCAGCUCUAAACCAGAGGAAAGCAAUGGAACCAGCACUACAGGGGCGGCUAAUGAGAACGGUAAGGUUGCGGAGGACAGUGAGACCAUCCCAGAUCACACAGUGACCGUAGCAGCCACAGGAGGGGAGGCCAAGUCUGCUCCGGCUGCAGCCACAGGAGGGGAGGCCAAGUCUGCUCCGGCUGCAGCCCAAGCCGAGGCUCCUGCAGCGGAGACCCCUGCCCAGAGUGAGACCCAGCCUGCAGCCGAGGCUCCUGCAGCAGCCACUUCCCCCGAGCAGCCAGCCAGCUCUCCAGAGCCUCCCCCUGCAGCCCAGGACCCAGGUACAGGUAGGGCAGCUGAGGUCACAGCAGAGGCCGAUACAACUGCAACGAGCCCCUAGUCAGGGAAAUGAAGCCGGUCUUCCCAUUGUUGUGGAUGAAGAAUCUGCAUGAAUGUCCUAAUCUGAAAGCGAGAGAGGAUGACAAAAUAUACACACCACCACUUGCCUGUUGCCAAGCUGCAGACCAGCUGAUCUCUGUGACCAGGAUCAAUCGGUCAUCACUGUGCCUUUUUUCCUCUGUAAAUACUCUACUUCCUGUGCAUUUAGUUGUAUUAUUAGCAUUGUUUAUGAAACAUUAAUUAGAUAAUUGCUUCAAAGUAACUUAUAAAUGCUUAUUAAUAUUUGCUUGAAUCUAAAAAUCUACAUUUCUGGUGACUAGAGUUUCGUAUUACAGCCUUGUAACGAUGUGGGAAAUCAAGUAUGUGGGAUCAAGUAAGGGGGAUCAAGUAUGAGGGAAAUCAAGUAUGAGGGAUCAAGUAUGUGGGAUCAAGUAUGUGGGAUCAAGUAUGAGGGAAAUCAAGUAUGAGGGAUCAAGUAUGAGGGAAAUCAAGUAUGAGGGAUUAAGUAUGAGGGAAAUCAAGUAUGAGGGAUCAAGUAUGAGGGAAAUCAAGUAUGUGGGAUUAAGUAUGAGGGAAAUCAAGUAUGUGGGAUCAAGUAUGUGGGAUUAAGCGACCAACACUAAUUUAUUCAGGAACAAUUUGAAUCCAUUUACUCACACAUAUUUGAGAAAUGAAGCCAACAACUAUUAGACAUUUACAUGAUGCUUUUACAGCUGGCUUGGAUUGUACAACCCAUAUUAUGACCAUGUUACGACCAUGUUAUAAGGGUAUAUAAUAUGACCAUGUUAUUAAGCUCUAUGACCAUGUUAUUAAGCUCUAUGACCAUGUUAUUAAGCUCUAUGACCAUGUUAUUAAGCUCUAUGACCAUGUUAUUAAGCUCUAUGACCAUGUUAUUAAGCUCUAUGACCAUGUUAUAAAGCUCUAUGACCAUGUUAUUAAGCUCUAUGACCAUGUUAUAAGAGUAUAUAAUAUGACCAUGUUAUUAAGCUCUAUGACCAUGUUAUUAAGCUCUAUGACCAUGUUAUAAAGCUCUAUGACCAUGUUAUUAAGCUCUAUGACCAUGUUAUUAAGAUCUAUGACCAUGUUAUUAAGCUCUAUGACCAUGUUAUUAAGCUCUAUGACCAUGUUAUAAGAGUAUAUAAUAUGACCAUGUUAUUAAGCUCUAUGACCAUGUUAUUAAGCUCUAUGACCAUGUUAUUAAGCUCUAUGACCAUGUUAUAAGAGUAUAUAAUAUGACCAUGUUAUUAAGCUCUAUGACCAUGUUAUUAAGCUCUAUGACCAUGUUAUAAGGGUUUGAAUAAAACAGGUACUGAACUCAA